UCGACAGAAACUGGGAGAAAGGGAUUGUUAUGAAACCAUGGCAGACCAAACACAGAUCUCCCUCCUCCGCCCAGCUGCAGUGUCACCGAGCGCCUGCUUGUUUUCACGAACAUGCGGAGAACCGGUUUGUGCUUUUCAACAGACGCGCAAAAAAGUCGGACAAUACACACGCACACAUGCACACACACGCUAAAAUAACACCACACCCUCAGCGCGCUCAGCCGAUGCCAGCUGGUUUGGGUUAGGCAGUCAGGCCUGCAGAGAAGAGGAGGAGCGGGCCGGCCACAGUCAUGGAUCGGUGGCUGGAGCUGGCUGCUUUGGGUCUUGCGGCUGCGGGGUGGGUGUGCGCGGUGCUGACGCGCUGCUUGUCCCUGUGGAGGGUGAGCGGCACGGUGGACAACACCACCGCAAGCCUGCCCGCCUACUGGGACGGGGUGUGGCUGGAAUGGGACCACUGGGACCUGGCUCACGACGGCAGCCUGCACUGCUCCUUCUAUCAGUCUCUCAUGUCCCUGUCUGGAAGUUUCCGCGUGUGGAGAGCCCUCAUCAUGGCAGCCAUCGGAGUCGGGGCUUUCGCCGUGGUGAUCGGGGCGGUGGGGGCGGUGUGGUUCCCCAAGCGCAAUCAGGUCAAAGUGGUUUCUGGUGCUCUCUUUGUUUUGUCCGGGAUUCUGCUGCUGAUUCCCAUCUCCUGGACGUGCUACCACACCAGCCAGCCGCUGGAGGGGGCCGUGCCGCUGCGCAGAGACUGGGGAGCCGCGCUGUACCUGGGAUGGGUGUCUUUUGGUUUGAUGGUGGCCGCAGGAGCGUUUCUCACAACCAGGUGCCCCAAGUUUGAGGUGCGUGAGGGAUCCGAGGACAGGAGGUACCCCGAUCUAGGGGAGCAGGCAAGCAGCCCCCUGAGCAACAUCCACAGAACUGCAUUCACACACAGCCAGUACAAACGCAGAUCUGAGGCGGUCUGAGGGGACUCGGCUUGGUGUGAGUGAUCAGACUGGAGCACUUCUGUGAAACAGACCUGAGGGUGGCAGGGUGCUGAGGCACUGCUAUGAACUGGCCGAUGCAUCAGUACAGGAAAUUGCUUUGAUCUGUUUUGAUCUAUCAGCAUAAACAGGGAUGCAUUUCAUUCUAUUUUUUGAUAUUGAAACUUAUUCUGGUGCUUUAAAAUUUAUUUAAUUUUUAACAUAGACCUUUAAUCAGUGUCUUUUCUUAAAAAAAAAAAAAAAAAAAAAUCACAUGCUUUUCUAAAUGCCAUCAGACCAACUCCCUUAACACAUAGAAGCUUCCUGAUAGUUUGAUACGCCGCGCUGCCUUAUAUUACUUAAUAUUGAUACCAAAAACUGUUCUAUGCAUCUCCCUGCAUAAAAUUAACACCAUAUCUUAUCCUUCAUUUAUUGAGAGUGAUAACACUGUUUACUUAUAAGUUGAAUUCAUCUGCAAUGUUGAGACUGUGGAAUAAAGCGUGGUGUAUAACUAUGAUCACA